GAUCCCGGCUGCUUUUUAUACAAUUUUUUUAGUCUCGGGCCGUUGUUACCCAGUGACAAGUCAUACCGGUAUUCUUCUGGUUACAAUACGGCACGGCAAGAACUGGAAUAACUGAAGAAAUGGAAACAGCAUCGAGCCCGGACGAGCCACCGAAGCCAUUUAGUUUAAUUCGUGAUGGGCUCCCCCUACAAACUCAGAUCGAGCUCAUUGCCCAGAUGUGCAUGGUCCCUUCGGAGAGCAUUCAAAAUGCAUAUCCAUGCACACCUUUGCAAGAAUCUCUAGUCGGCAGCGGUGAUGAGAACGCAUACGUGAGACAGAUAGUGCUGACUCUAUCCGACGACACUCCGCUAGAUCGCUUUAAGCGGGCUUGGGAGGAAACAUUCCGCGCAAACCACGUAAUGCGUACGAGGAUUGUCCACUUAGGAGGGCAAGUUGGUUAUGUUCAGGCCGUUAUCGACGAAGCCGCAUCGUGGAAUCAAGUGACGGAUUCUUUGGCCAGAUUCCUGGAAGAAGAUGCGAGGUUACCUAUGACUCUCGGCGAUCGCUUCUUUCGUUACAGUAUCGUGGUCGAAAGAUCCUGUCGUUGCUUUGUUUUAACUGCGCACCACGCUCUGUUUGAUGGAGCCUCAAUAAUGGAGCUCGUUGAUGAGUCUUCGAAGCGGUUUAGCGGCGAGGCCGUCGAGCAGCGUCAGCCGUUUGAGUUAUUCGUCCAGGCUACUGUGACCAUGGCAGACACGAAACGGCAAGAGGAUUUCUGGAAGUCUUCUCUAGCCAGUGUCGAUGCGACUGCAUAUCCCACUAUUCCUCGGGACCCCGACUUUCGCGCCCAUCCUGCAACGGAGCUUGUGCGGCCAGUCGAUCUCCCAAGCCGUCUGCUGGUGCGUGGUGGUCCGACGGCAGCUCUUCUGCUUCGGGCUGCCUGGGGCAUUCUGCUUUCACACCAUACGGGUACUGAAGACGUGGUGUUCGGAGUAGUUGCGAACGGGCGACGUACAGCGUCGAUCCCCGGUAUCUCCCGAAUGACUGGUCCGACCGUUACUAUUCACCCCGUCGCCCUGCACGUAGAUUCUAAGGAGUCCGUUGCUACGUUUAUAUCACGGGUCCAGCAUCAAGCGUCUGACACGAGGCCAUUCGAACAAACAGGAAUGUCAAGGAUUCGCAGAGUUUUGGCCAGCAGCGAAAGAUAUACAAUGGCAGAAUUUCAAUCAUUGUUUGUCAUCAACCCAGCAGACUUUGGCGAGUUUUCAGCCAUUCCCCUCCGGGAACUGGGAGUUGAGUAUCAUGGUCACCUGGGAAAGAAGGAGCGACACCCUUACCCGUUGGUGGUUACCGUAACACUGCUCACACACACGACUGGAACUGCUCAAAUGGAAUACGACGAGAGAGUUAUCUCUCCAAGACAUGCACAGAACCUGAUGGAUCAGUUUCAAGCAGUACUUACUGGUCUGGGAAAUGUGAACAGUGACGCCUUGGUGGGAUCAAUCUCGCCGUUGAACAAGCAUGACAUCGAUCAGAUUCGUCUAUGGAACGCCAUCACACCGCCAGCGGAGCAAAUGUGUCUCCACCACCUGUUCAUGAGACAAGCGCGUAAGCAGCCACUCGCCGAAGCGGUUUGCUCUGUGGAUAAAUCUCUGACAUAUGCCGAGGUGGACAUCAUGUCUUCCACUAUUGCGAUGCAGCUCAUCGAGCUCGGAGUAUACCCGGAGACAUUUGUCGCAGUAUGCUUUGAGAAGAAUAUUUAUACGGUGGUGGCGAUUCUAGCCGUCCUGAAGGCUGGGGGUGUCUACUUGCCCAUCGAUCCUGCUCAUCCGCGGGGACGGAUAGUCGAGAUACUCGAAACAGUGCCAGUCAAAGCGGCACUUGUAUCGGCCGCCAGCUCUCAGGUGCUCGAAGGACUGUGCGAUCGCAUCAUGGUCGUUGAUAACCUUCCGCCGUCGAGUGUCUCAUCGCUACCCAUGGCGCCCCUGGAGAGAGCUCGCCCAUUCAAUAAUGCGUAUUUACUUUUCACUUCUGGCAGCACGGGCAAGCCCAAAGGAAUGCUCAUUUCCCACUCCGCAAUAUGUACCUCAAUUGUCCACCAUGGCCCGGCAUUUAAGGCGGGUUCUCAUUGGAGAACAUUGCAGUUCGGUGCCCACACAUUUGAUAUGUCGAUUGGCGAGUUCUUCACGACACUUUCCUUCGGAGGAUGUGUAUGUGUUCCAUCAGAGCAUGAAAGGCUGAAUGAUUUGCCUCGGGCGAUUGCUACCUUGAACGCGAAUACUUUGCUCGUGGUUCCCACGGUUGUCAAUCUUUUAAACCCGGAACAGGUCCCUACACUUAAGACUAUUGUCCUCGGCGGUGAACCUAUCACGAAAGGCACCAUCAUUAAAUGGGCUCCUUAUGUUCAACUUACUGCUUCUUACGGACCGUCAGAAACAGCCAUAUGGUGUUCAGCCAAUGUUGAUGUCACAGCGGAUGCGGACCCCUCAAAUAUUGGCAAAGCUGUUGGAGGUACCAUGUGGAUUGUAGAUUCCAAAGAUCACCAUAAGCUCACUCCAAUCGGCUGUGUUGGUGAGAUUGUGAUCUCUGGCGCUCUUCUCGCCAGUGGCUACUUCAAUAACAAGUCCGCGACCGAUGCCUCUUUCGUCCCAGCCCCAGACUGGAUGAGAAGCUUCAAUCAUGACAGCCCAUACCAGGUCAUUUACAAGUCCGGCGACCUUGGGCGUUAUAGCUCAGAUGGCUCGUUCCAGAUCAUCGGGCGCAAAGAUACGCAGGUAAAGUUUCGCGGUUUUCGCAUCGAACUUGGCGAGAUCGAGAACCGUACUAUGGAUCACAGCAUGGCAACGGCGGCUUUUGCGGCUCUUCCCAAAGAAGGACCUUGUGCCCGUCAUAUUGUAGCUGUGGUAAGCUUCAAGAAACAAGACAUUGGCAAUUUCAAACCGUUUGACGUAACUGUUUCAGAAGACACGAAGGAUGACGACCGCCAGCUGGAAGCGCUGAAGUCACACCUUCGGCUAACUCUGCCCACGUACAUGCUUCCCUCAUAUUGGAUAGUCCUCGACAAAUUGCCAUUCCUAAUUUCUGGCAAGGUUGAUCGAAGGACCUUGACGGUGUGGAUAUCAACAAUGAGCCAGCACACCUUCAGAAAGUUAUCGCAAGCUUUCGAUGCUGAUGAGAUGCCCGAAAUACUCCCCGGGACUAUCGCGGACAUACUCAGGCAGAUCUGGAGCGACGUGCUUGGUGUGCCCCAUGAACAAAUACAAAUGCACACAUCUUUCCUGUCCAUUGGCGGGGACUCUUUCGCCGCGAUACAGGUGGUAUCAGCAGCCAAGAAAAGAGGUUUGUCCUUAACAGUCAGCAAGGUCCUCAAUACCAGAUCACUGGGAGAUCUGGCGAGUGUCGUGGAACAAGAAUUACCAGUGAAGCCGUUACCGUUGCAGCAAACCACUGAUGCCCAGCGUAUAAAACUACCUAUUGCUUAUGAAAAAGCUCUUCAACCACGACUAGCAGGCAGGCCAUCCGUCGAACUCGAGGAAGUUUAUCCUUUGGCUCCGAUACAACUUGAGGUCACGAAACAGCGGGCCAUUGAUCCGGCCGUCUUCAUCUUCUCUUGGGUGAUGGAAAUUUCUUCGAAGACGACAUCACAGGUUUCACUGGAUAGCGCUAUGCGAGCAUGGAAGCGGGUCGUACAAAAGCGUCCAAUUUUUCGGACGACUUUUAUGCAGGACCCCUCGCAAAAGGCUGCCCCGUUGCAAGUGGUGUUGAGAAAUGCAGAACCUGACAUGGCCAGGUCAUCUUCACCAGCCGAAAACUUCGACAAGAUACUACCUGCGGUUGACGAAUGUUUCUUGCCCUACCGUGUCCACUUUUUAGGGCACGACAGCAAAGUUAUCAUACGUAUUGAGCUGGACCAUAGGUUGAUCGAUGGAUGGUCGUUGAAGCUCAUCAAACAAGAUCUCUUGGCAGCUUAUGAUACCGACGAGGCGACGCUGCCUGUGGAGCAAGCCUCGUACAAAUCUUUCAUCGACACUCUCCACCCGGAUCGGAUUCAUGCGGCACGAAAACAUUGGGCCUCGGUAUUGCGUGGCCAGAGGCCAAGUCUUCUUUACCUGCCCACAAAAGGACACAAGCAAUCCAUGCCAGGUACCAGCUCCGGCAACACCACCUUACGCCUACCGGCUGUAGAUGGACGCUCGCUAUUUGCUUUCAGCGCUCAGCAUGGCGUUACCGCUGCGAGCAUCUUCGAAGCCGCAUGGGCACAGACCUUGAGCGUGUGCACUCGAUCGCCAGACGUCAGCUUCGAAUAUGUUGUCUCUGGGCGUGACCAAGACACCCCGGGCAUCCUCGAGAUCGUGGGCCCUCUGAUCAACAUCCUUGCCUACCAUUUACAUGACGUCUUGACGGACCCAGAUCCCUUGGCACUCGCACGCUUGGCACAGCAAAUACAAGAGCAGCGACUGCAGGAUGGACAGCACACUGCCUGUAAUGUGCGUGAAGUACUUGAACACGACCUGCGAGUCGCAAACCCCUUCAACACUGGGGUGAACUUCCAGCGUCGGCCGUCUGCCGUAGAGAGCGAGACCUUGAAGAUUGAGGAUGAUUUGGUUGGGGCCAAUGACCCAUGGCAUUUUGAGGUCCUGGUUCGGAUACUUCACCUGGUUGAUAACGACACCAUGUGGCCGUCUUUGGAAUUCGAUGGUCGCUUGUUUGAUGAAACACAGAUGAGGGCUGUGCUGGAUAUAUUUUGGAGCAGGAUUCGGAUGGCUAUCUCGCGGUCGAUGUCGAAGCUCUGA